UCAACAUUAUACACUGGUGCCGAAAGCCGGGAAGAGGACAUUCCAAGGCCUGCAGGAUGACGGAACCGCAGGAACAAGCCACGAAGUCCUUGCUUUUAUCCAAGAGGAAAUCCCUUCGUCAGCGGUUGACAACCGUGCUCAACGAGGCCGAACGCCUGCUCGAGACGACCGAUGUUCCCGCUGACCAUGCUGGCCGUUGCGAGCUACUGACCGAACGUAUCAUGACGUUCGCUACUUCUCUGGAAGAAGUUGACAGAAAUCUGGAGACCUUGUUCACCGUUGAACAAGCUGAUGCCGAAUUUGACAAGGUAUUGGAAUAUCAGGACCGCGUAGCCUCCACAUCAUGCUUAUUAAGGAGGAGCCUUGUGCCUCAGCACAUCGCCCAGGCUCAGCCCAUCGCCCAGGCCUCGACGAUCGCGGGGACAGUCCAGACCGGUCCUGCUACGCCACCGGGAUGUACUGGUGAUACGGGGUCGGUAUCCAUUCUGAGCUCUACUCGUCGUCCUAAUUUGCCGAAGCUAGAGCUCAUCAAGUUUGACGGCAGUAUGGAGAAUUGGCAGGUGUUCUGGAUCCGCUUUGAGUCCAUCGUGAACCGUAAUUCAUCGUUGUCCAACAAUGAAAAGAUGUCGUAUUUGUCGUCUGUCCUCAAGGGAAAAGCCGCAGCUUCCGUUAAAGGGCUUCAACUUACAGGCGACAUGUAUGACACGACGGUCGAAAUGCUACAGGAUCGAUUCGGCAAUCCAGACUCGCUCAUACAGUUCCAUUUGAAGCGACUGUUAGCCAUCCAGGAUGUUCUUUCGUCCCGAAACGUCUCCGAACUUAGACGUCUGCGUGACGCGGCGCGCGCGCAUAUCCGAAGUUUGGAAGCGUUGGUAACUGGAUUAAGUUCGUAUUCUUCGCUGUUGUACCCAGUAAUACAACGGGCCCUUCCAGUCGACUUGGUCCUCAGAUUUCAGAGGAAACUUCACAGUGAUGCCGCGGACGCAACUGGAACCGCAGACGAUCGUCAUGAAGAGAUCAUGGGCAAGCUAUUAGACUUCAUCAAAAUGGAAGCUGAAUGCAGAGAACACAUCGCAGCGGCAGAAGGGACACAAGAUCCUCAACGUUUUACACAGAGACGAGGGGGCAAACACACUCGAAAUUCACAGGACCGACUGCCCUCCGCCGCAGCACUCGGUGCUGAAGCCAGUAAACCAUCUAAACCAACGAAUACCAAGAAAACUGCAGACAACUCUUCCUUCUUUUGUGGGAAGGAUCACGACGUCAGGAAGUGCCGUGUAGAGGCUGACCUGGCAGACCUGGAAGAGCGGCUUCCGUUGCGCAAAGGAGAAUCACACCGCUAGAGUUUGUCGAUCCGUCAAGGGCCUGAAGUGCGAACAAUGCAGCGGGCGGCAUUUGACGGUCCUAUGUAGGCAAGGCAGUCGCGCACCCCUAUUGCACUCGACUUUCAGUACAUUUUGCUCCUUGGGAACGCACCGGCGUAAGAAAAAUUCUGUCCCGGAAACUGUACAGCAAGCGAUACUGCCCCGACGGCGGAAAGGUGUUUCAGAGAACAGUGAGAGAAGCUGAUGCAGCGGUCCAGAGUAUACGUCCGAAUAGUUGUUCACGGAAAAUUUGUCCUGGAAUGGCUCACUAAGGGCCGCGAUAGAUGUCAGAUGGUUCCGAGGUACUUCAUUGUUGUAAAACGCGCGAGCGACACACGGCAGCUCAAUGAACAUUCAUCCUACGACCUUCAUCACAAGCCAUGCGUGCCCUGGUACCUUCCAAGUUUCGGUCUACGUCAUGUCAACAGUACGACGUCAGUGUCCCAUCGUCCGCGCCACGAACCUCAAGUAUGCAGCACUAGGGCUCAACUACUAGCGGAGAAGGCCAUGUGAAUGUGAUGUGUU